AUGAUCACGUAGUUAUGCUUUAAACUGUCUGUCAUUAUUUACAACUGAAUUGCAACAUGCAACUAUUGACGCCUUCCUACACUGUCAAAUGGUUGACACGCCCACCCUAGCCUGCCUCGCUACAUCAACCUAUCACCCACCCCAGCCUGCCUUGCUACAUCAACCUAUCACCCACCCUAGCCUGCCUCGCUACAUCAACCUAUCACCCACCCCAGCCUGCCUCGCUACAUCAACCUAUCACCCACCCUAGCCUGCCUCGCUACAUCAACCUAUCACCCACCCUAGCCUGCCUCGCUACAUCAACCUAUCACCCACCCCAGCCUGCCUUGCUACAUCAACCUAUCACCCACCCUUAGCCUGACCUCGCUACAUCAACCUAUCACCCACCCCAGCCUGCCUCGCUACAUCAACCUAUCACCCACCCUAGCCUGCCUCGCUACAUCAACCUAUCACCCCACCCCAUGCCUCGCUACAUCAACUAGCAUCCACCCCUAAUCAACCUAUCACCCCAGCCUGCCUCGCUACAUCAACCUAUCACCCACCCCAGCCUGCCUCGCUACAUCAACCUAUCACCCACCCUAGCCUGCCUCGCUACAUCAACCUAUCACCCACCCCAGCCUGCCUCGCUACAUCAACCUAUCACCCACCCUAGCCUGCCUCGCUACAUCAACCUAUCACCCACCUAGCCUGCCUCGCUACAUCAACCUAUCACCCACCCUAGCCUGCCUCGCUACAUCAACCUAUCACCCACCCUAGCCUGCCUCGCUACAUCAACCUAUCACCCACCCCAGCCUGCCUCGCUACAUCAACCUAUCACCCACCCUAGCUGCCUCGCUACAUCAACCUAUCACCCACCCUAGCCUGCCUCGCUACAUUCAACCUAUCACCCACCCCCAGCCUGCCUCGCUACAUCAACCUAUCACCCACCCCAGCCUGCCUCCGCUACUCAACCUAUCACCCACCCUAGCCUGCCUCGCUACAUCAAACCUAUCACCCAACCCUAGCCUGCCUCGCUACAUCAACUAUCACCCCACCCCAGCCUGCCCGCUACAUCAACCUAUCACCCACCCUAGCCUGCCUCGCUACAUCAACCUAUCACCCACCCCAGCCUGCCUCGCUACAUCAACCUGCCUCUACACUGUAUGUUGUUGCUGUUGCAGCCUGGGGCAUCACUAGUAGCCCGCCUACCUCAAUCUAACCUUACCUCAAUCUAACCUGACUACCUCAACCUAACCUUACCAGCGUACCUCAACCGAACCUGACUACCUCAACCUAACCUUCCUACCUCUACCUAACCUGCCUACCUCUACCUAACCUGCCUACCUCUACCUAACCUUCCUACCUCAACCUAACCUUACCUCAAUCUAACCUGACUAGCUCAACCUAUCCUCACCAGCAUACCUAACCUUCCUACCUCUACUAACCGCACCGACCUAACUAACCUCGACCAACCUGCAAAGGCCGACCGGACCGACCGCCACCGCGACCAACGGCCCGCGACCGAAACGGCACCGCGCACCGAAACCUAGACCGCUACCGAACACGCCACCGACCGAACCGCCGACCGCGACCGAACGGCCACCGCGACGAACCGGCCACCGACCGAAACCGGCCACCGCAUAACUUCCACCCUAACCGAACCGGCCGACCCGACAACCGCACCGCGACCGAACCGGCGACCUCGAAACCGGCCGACCGCGACCGAACCGGCGACGCGAACCGACCGGCGACCAGAACCGCCACCGACAGACCGAACCGGCCGACACCACGCACCGAACCGACCGGAAGAAAACCUGACCGACCGACCGAACCGCCGACCGCGACCGAACCGAAACCUUACCGAACCGGCCGACCGGAAGAACCGACCGACCGCCGAGCGACCGAACCGGCGACCGAACCCCGAACGACCAACCCCGACCCCCCGAACCGGCCGACCACGAACCGUCCGCCCGCGACCGAACCGCCACCGCCCCAACCCGGGGCCGACGCGACCGAACCGGCCAACCGCGACCAAACCCGGGGACCGCGACGAACCGGCCGACCGCACCAACCGGCCGACCCGACCAAACGGCCGACCGCGACCGAACCGGCCUACCGCGCCCAAACCCGGCCAAACGCGACCGAACCGGCCGACCGCACCGAACCGCCGACCGCACCAACCCGCCGACCGCACCGAAACGGACCCGACCAAAACCGCCGACCGCCCCGCCUACCGCGACCAAAAGGCCACCUACGAACGGCCAACCGACCAACCGUCCGACCGCGCCCAAAACCCGGCCGACCCACCAAACCCCUUACCGGCCCAACGGCCGACCUCACCCAAACCGUCCUACCGCACCAAACGGCCGACCGCUACCGAAGCGGCCGACCCGACCAACCCGGGCCGACGGAAGAAACCGGCAAAACCGGACCAACCGCCGGGAAGGGCCCGGACGAAAGCCGACCAACAAAAACUCAAACCAAAGACGCGACGAACAAAACACAAAAGAAACGCACAAAAACUACGAAAAAACGUCACCCAUAGCUCACCUGACAGAACAAAGCAAAACCACCGAACUUCGACCGUACCUAAAACUCGACCACCGAAACCUUCUGCCACGAACUUACCAAACCCCAGAACUGCGAACCAAAACCCCGGACACCGAAACCUUACAUGAAUAACCUCCACCUAAAAAACGACUCCCUAACCAUCCCCUACCAAACCUUCCUCCCCUAAAAACCCCUACGCAAAACCUAAAAUUCCUACCUUCCCAAAACCGCCUACCUACAAAACCACCUACCUCUACCAAACCGCCUACCUCAACUACCUUCUACCUCUACCUAAACUUCCUACCUACCAAAACUUCCUACCCUACCUAAACCUUUCCCACCCUACCUAAAUUCGACCCUACUAAACCUUGCCUACCUCUACCUAACCUUCCUACCUCUACCUAACCUUCCUACCUCUACCUAACCUUCCUACCUCUACCUAACCUUCCUACCUCUACCUAACCUUCCUACCUCUACCUAACCUUCCUACCUCUACCUAACCUUCCUACCUCUACCUAACCUUCCUACCUCUACCUAACCUUCCUCCUCACUAACCUUCCUACCCUAUACCAUAACCCCCAGUAUGAUAUGAUUGAUGUUGUUGCAGCACCAACCUGCCUACCUAAACUAGAAUAUCUGUGCCUCAACCCUAACCCUCAGUUUGUUGUUGCUGUUGCAGGUAGGGGCACUGGACCUUCUGAAGGAGCUGAGGGCUGUACCUAUGACGCUAGAAUUACUACAGGUACUGGAGGGGGAGGGAGGGCUGGUAACCAAUGACUGGUACUGGAGGGGGGAGGAGGGUGUACCAAUGACUGGUUACCUGGAGGGGGGAGGGAGGGCUGUACCAAUGACUGGUACUGGAGGGGGGGAGGGAGGGCUGUACCAAUGACUGGUACUGGAGGGGGGGAGGGAGGGCUGUACCAAUGACUGGUACUGGAGGGGGGGAGGGAGGGCUGUACCAAUGACUGGUACUGGAGGGGGGAGGGAGGGCUGUACCAAUGACUGGUACUGGAGGGGGGAGCUGAGGGCUGUACCAAUGACUGGUACUGGAGGGGGGGAGGGAGGGCUGUACCAAUGACUGGUACUGGAGGGGGGAGGGAGGGCUGUACCAAUGACUGGUACUGGAGGGGGGGAGGGAGGGCUGUACCAAUGACUGGUACUGGAGGGGGGAGCUGAGGGCUGUACCAAUGACUGGUACUGGAGGGGGGGAGGGAGGGCUGUACCAAUGACUGGUACUGGAGGGGGGAGCUGAGGGCUGUACCAAUGACUGGUACUGGAGGGGGGAGGGAGGGCUGUACCAAUGACUGGUACUGGAGGGGGGAGCUGAGGGCUGUACCAAUGACUGGUACUGGAGGGGGGAGGGAGGGCUGUACCAAUGACUGGUACUGGAGGGGGGAGCUGAGGGCUGUACCAAUGACUGGUACUGGAGGGGGGAGCUGAGGGCUGUACCAAUGACUGGUACUGGGGGGGGGGGGGGGCUGUACCAAUGACUGGUACUGGAGGGGGGAGGGAGGGCUGUACCAAUGACUGGUACUGGAGGGGGGAGGGAGGGGCUGUACCAAUGACUGGUACUGGAGGGGGGGAGGGAGGGCUGUACCAAUGACUGGUACUGGAGGGGGGGAGGGAGGGCUGUACCAAUGACUGUAGAGUUAGUACAGGUACUGGAUGGGGGGGGGAGAGAGAGAGGGAGGGAGAGGGAGGGGUAGAGGGGGGGGAGAGAGAGAGGGAGGGGGGGAGGGGUAGAGGGGGGAGGGGUAGAUGGGGGAGAGAGGGGGGGGGGGGGGGGAGAGGGGGGGGAGAAGGAGGGAGGGGUAGAGGAGGGGGGAGGGGUAGAGGGGGGAGAAGGAGAUGGAUGGAAGGAGCUCAUUCGGGAACUAUUCAGACCCCUUCCUUUUUUCUACAUUUUUGUUACAUUACAGCUUUGUUCUAAAAUGGAUUGAAAAAAAAAAAGUAUCCAUAAAUCUAAACACAAUACCUCAUAAUGAUCAAGCGAAAACAGGUUUUUAGAAAUGUUUUCAGAAAAAGAAAUAAUAAAAUAUAUACCUUCUUUACAUAAGUAUUCAGACCCUUUGCUAUGAGACUCCAAAUUGAGCUCAGGUUUCUCAAAACAUUUCUGCAGCAUUGAAGGUCCCCAAGAACACAGUUGCCUCAUCAUUCUUAAAUGGAAGAAGUUUGGAACCACCAAGAUUCUUCCUAGAGCUGGCCGCCCGGCCAAAUUCAGUAAUCGGGGGAGAUGGGCCUUGGUCAGGGAGGUGACCAAGAACCCAAUGGUCACUCUGUGGAGAUGGGAGAACCUUCCAGAAGGACAACCAUCUCUGCAGCACUCCACCAAUCAGGCCUUUAUGUUAGAGUCGCCAGACGGAAGCCACUCCUCAGUAAAAGGGAGGGAGGGAGGGAGGGAGAGAGGGAGGGAGGGAGGGAGAGAGGGAGGGAGGGAGGGAGGGAGGGAGAGAGGGAGGGAGGCAGGGAGGGAUGGAUGGAGGAGGGAGGGAGGGAGGGAGGGAGGGAGGGAGGAGGGGAGGGAGGGAGGGGGGGGAUGGAUGGAGGAGGGAGGGAGGGGGAGGGAGGGGGGGGGUGGAUGGAGGAGGGAGGGAGGGAGGGAGGGGGGGUGGAUGGAGGAGGGAGGGAGGGAGGGGGGGGGUGGAUGGAGGGGGGAGGGGGGGGUGGAUGGAGGAGGGAGGGGGAGGGCUGUACCUUUCCCCUGUUUGUUGGGGUUUAGAAGUACUGAACUCUAAUCUCUCUCUAUACUGAACCCAUGUCUCUCCUGCAGCAUAACGUUAGUCUCUCUCUCUCUCUCGUCUCCAGUCCACCAGGAUCGGGAUGUCUGUGAACGCCAUCAGGAAGCAGAGUACAGACGAUGAGGUCACCUCUCUGGCCAAGGCCCUCAUCAAGUCCUGGAAGAAACUCCUGGGUUAGUAGCUCAUUAUAGUAUACAGAUUUCUUGGAAGGCCCUAUCCUGGUUUGUAGCUCUUACAGUAAACCAGAUCUUCUCUGGCCAAGGCCCUCAUCUCGGGUAGUAGCUCCUAAUAUAUCCCGAUCUUCUUCUGCCAAGGCCCUAUUCCCGGGUUAGUAGCUCUUACUAGUAUAGAUUCUCUUGGCCAAAGGCCCACCUGGGUAGUAGCUAUUAUAGUAUCCAGAUCUUCUCGGCCAAGGCCUUCACCGGGUUAGUAGCUCCUUAUGUACAGAUCUCUCCUUGGGCAAGGGCCUAUUCCUGGGGUAGAGAAUUACUGGAUCCGAUCCCUUUUUGGCCAAGGGCCAUUUGGGUUGAGCUCAUUACAGUAUAAGACUCCUCGGCAAGGCCCAUCUCUGGGUUAGUGAGCUCAUACUAGAUGCAGAUCUUUGGCCAAGGCCAUACCCCGGGGUUCUCCUUACUAGUAUAGCCCCUCAUCGAGAUACAGAUAUCUCUCUGGCCAAGGCCCUCAUCUCCGGUUAGUAGCUCAUUACUAGUAUGCAGAUCUCUUCUCUGGCCAAGGCCCUCAUCUCCUGGGUUAGUAGCUCAUUACUAGUAUCCAGAUCUCUCUCUGGCCAAGGCCCUCAUCUCCUGGGUUAGUAGCUCAUUACUAGUAUCCAGGUCUCUCUCUGGCCAAGGCCCUCAUCUCCUGGGUUAGUAGCUCAUUACUAGUAUGCAGAUCUCUCUCUGGCCAAGGCCCUCAUCUCCUGGGUUAGUAGCUCAUUACUAGUAUACAGAUCUCUCUCUGGCCAAGGCCCUCAUCAAGUCAUAGAAGAAACUCCUGGUCCUAUCUGGUAGUAGAUCAUCAUUACUGUCUAUAUUGAACAAAAAUAUAAACACAACAUGUAAAGUGUUGGUCCCAUGUUUCAUGAGCUGAAAUAAAAGAUCCCAGAAAGGUUCCAUACGCACAAAAUGGUUAUUUCUUGCUAAUUUUGUGCCCAAAUGUGUUUCCAUCCCUGUUAGUGAGCAUUUCUUCUUUACCAAGAUAAUCCAUCCACCUGACAGGUGUGGCAUAUCAAGAAGCUGAUUAAACAGCAUGAUCAUUACACAGGGGCUGGGCCAUUACUAGUCUACAUGUAACCUGGUCCUACCUGUUAAUAGAUCAGUACUAGUAUAGACUGCCUCCACACAUUAGUGGUAUAGACUGCCUCUACACAUUAGUGGUAUAGACUGCCUCCACACAUUAGUGGUAUAGACUGCCUCCACACAUUAGUGGUAUAGACUGCCUCUACACAUUAGUGGUAUAGACUGCCUCUACACAUUAGUGGUAUAGACUGCCUCUACACAUUAGUGGUAUAGACUGCCUCUACACAUUAGUGGUAUAGACUGCCUCUACACAUUAGUGGUAUAGACUGCCUCCACACAUUAGUGGUAUAGACUGCCUCCACACAUAGUGGUUAGACUGCCUCCACACAUUAGUGGUAUAGACUGCUCCACACAUUAGUGGUAUAGACUGCCUCCACACAUUAGUGGUAUAGACUGCCUCCACACAUUAGUGGUGUAGACUGCCUCCACACAUUAGUGGUGUAGACUGCCUCCACACAUUAGUGGUGUAGACUGCCUCCACACAUUAGUGGUAUAGACUGCCUCCACACAUUAGUGGUAUAGACUGCCUCCACACAUUAGUGGUAUAGACUGCCUCCUACACAUUAGUGGUUAUAGACUGCCUCCACACAUUAGUGGUUAUUAGACUGCCUCCACACAUUAGUGGUAUAGACUGCCUCCACACAUUAGUGGUAUAGACUGCCUCACACAUUAGUGGUAUAGACUGCCUCUACACAUUAGUGGUAUAGACUGCCUCUACACAUUAGUGGUAUAGACUGCCUCUACACAUUAGUGUAUAGACUGCCUCUACACAUUAGUGGUAUAGACUGCCUCUACACAUUAGUGGUAUAGACUGCCUCCACACAUUAGUGGUAUAGACUGCCUCCACACAUUAGUGGUAUAGACUGCCUCCACACAUUAGUGGUAUAGACUGCCUCCACACAUUAGUGGUAUAGACUGCCUCCACACAUUAGUGGUAUAGACUGCCUCCACACAUUAGUGGUAUAGACUGCCUCCACACAUUAGUGGUGUAGACUGCCUCCACACAUUAGUGGUAUAGACUGCCUCCACACAUUAGUGGUAUAGACUGCCUCCACACAUUAGUGGUUAUAGACUGCCUCCACACAUUAGUGGUAUAGACUGCCUCACACAUUAGUGGUAUAGACUGCCUCCACACAUUAGUGGUAUAGACUGCCUCUACACAUUAGUGGUAUAGACUGCCUCUACACAUUAGUGGUAUAGACUGCCUCUACACAUUAGUGGUAUAGACUGCCUCCACACAUUAGUGGUAUAGACUGCCUCCACACAUUAGUGGUAUAGACUGCCUCCACACAUUAGUGGUAUAGACUGCCUCCACACAUUAGUGGUAUAGACUGCCUCCACACAUUAGUGGUAUAGACUGCCUCCACACAUUAGUGGUAUAGACUGCCUCCACACAUUAGUGGUAUAGACUGCCUCCACACAUUAGUGGUAUAGACUGCCUUCACACAUUAGUGGUAUAGGCUUCACAUUAGGGUAUAGACUGCCUCUACACAUUAGUGGUAUAGACUGCCUCUACACAUUAGUGGUAUAGACUGCCUCUACACAUUAGUGGUAUAGACUGCCUCUACACAUUAGUGGUAUAGACUGCCUCUACACAUUAGUGGUAUAGACUGCCUCUACACAUUAGUGGUAUAGACUGCCUCCACACAUUAGUGGUAUAGACUGCCUCCACACAUUAGUUCCACACAUUAGUGGUGUAGACUGCCUCCACACAUUAGUGGUGUAGACUGCCUCCACACAUUAGUGGUGUAGACUGCCUCCACACAUUAGUGGUGUAGACUGCCUCCACACAUUAGUGGUAUAGACUGCCUCCACACAUUAGUGGUAUAGACUGCCUCCACACAUUAGUGGUAUAGACUGCCUCCACACAUUAGUGGUAUAGACUGCCUCCACACAUUAGUGGUAUAGACUGCCUCCACACAUUAGUGGUAUAGACUGCCUCCACACAUUAGUGGUAUAGACUGCCUCCACACAUUAGUGGUAUAGACUGCCUCCACACAUUAGUGGUAUAGACUGCCUCCACACAUUAGUGGUAUAGACUGCCUCCACACAUUAGUGGUAUAGACUGCCUCCACACAUUAGUGGUAUAGACUGCCUCCACACAUUAGUGGUAUAGACUGCCUCCACACAUUAGUGGUAUAGACUGCCUCCACACAUUAGUGGUAUAGACUGCCUCUACACAUUAGUGGUAUAGACUGCCUCUACACAUUAGUGGUAUAGACUGCCUCUACACAUUAGUGGUAUAGACUGCCUCCACACAUUAGUGGUAUAGACUACAUAACAAGGCCCUAAUCAAGUCCUGGAAUAAACUCCUCGGUUAGUAACACAUUACUAGUAUACAUGUUAUCUACAUGUAACACAUUACAGCUGGAUUGACUUUUACUCCAGUACUGAGUACUACUUCUCUACCUGAAUGCACUGUGAAUAAGCCCCAGCUGUAAUGUGUGAUCCUGUAUUUUCAUUGGACGGCAGAUGAGCCAGGAGGUGGAGACAAGUCGUCGGAGGAGAAGAGGAAAGAGCCGUCAACCCCCACCAGUACGGUGUCUCCUACCCAGGGCAGCCCUGAACCACGGGAAGAGAGGUACAUAGUUACUACUACUGCUACUACACACUACUACUACUACUGCUACUACUACUACUACUACUACUACUACUACUGCUACUACUACUACUACUACUACUACUACACACCUACUACUACUACUACUACUACUACUACUGCUACUGCUGCUACUACUACUACUACUACUACACACCUACUACUACUACUGCUACUGCUACUACUACUACAACACACCUACUACUACUAUUACUACUACUGCUACUACUACAACACACCUACUACUACUACUACUACUGCUACUACUACAACACUACUACUACUACUACAACACACCUACUACUACUAUUACUACUACUACUACAACACACCUACUACUACUCUUAUCCAGAGCGACUUACAAAUUGGUGCAUUCACCCUAUUUUUAUUUUUAUUUUUAUAUAUAUAUAUAUAUAUUUUUUUUAGGGGGGGGGGGGGGGUUAGAAGGAUUACUUUAUUCUAUCCCAGGUAUUCCUUAAAGAGGUGGGGUUUCAAAUGUCUCCGGAAGGUGGUGAGUGACUCCACUGUCCUGGCGUCGUGAGGGAGCUUGUUCCACCAUUGGGGUGCCAGAGCAGCGAACAGUUUUGACUGGGCUGAGCGGGAACUAUGCUUCCGCAGAGGAAGGGGAGCCAGCAGGCCAGAGGUGGAUGAACGCAAUGCCCUCGUUUGGGUGUAGGGACUGAUCAGAGCCUGAAGGUACGGAGGUGCCGUUCCCCUCACAGCCCCAUAGGCAAGCACCAUGGUCUUGUAACAGAUGCGAGCUUCAACUGGAAGCCAGUGGAGUGUGCGGAGGAGCGGGGUGACGUGAGAGAACUUGGGAAGGUUGAACACCAGACGGGCUGCGGCAUUCUGGAUGAGUUGUAGGGGUUUAAUGGCACAGGCAGGGAGCCCAGCCAACAGCGAGUUGCAGUAAUCCAGACGGGAGAUGACAAGUGCCUGGAUUAGGACCUGUGCCGCUUCCUGUGUAAGGCAGGGUCGUACUCUCCGAAUGUUGUAGAGCAUGAACCUGCAGGAUCAGGUCACCGCCUUGAUGUUAGCGGAGAACGACAGGGUGUUGUCCAGGGUCACGCCAAGGCUCUUCGCACUCUGGGAGGAGGACACAACGGAGUUGUCAACCGUGAUGGCGAGAUCAUGGAACGGGCAGUCCUACCCCGGGAGGAAGAGCAGCUCCGUCUUGCCAAGGUUCAGCUUGAGGUGGUGAUCCGUCAUCCAUACUGAUAUGUCUGCCAGACAUGCAGAGAUGCGAUUCGCCACCUGGUUAUCAGAAGGGGGAAAGGAGAAGAUUAGUUGUGUAUCGUCAGCGUAGCAAUGAUAGGCGAGGCCAUGUGAGGAUAUGACAGAGCCAAGUGACUUGGUGUAUAGCGAGAAUAGGAGAGGGCCUAGAACUGAGCCCUGGGGGACACCAGUGGUGAGAGCACGUGGUGCGGAGACAGCUUCUCGCCACGCCACUUGGUAGGAGCGACCGGUCAGGUAGGACGCAAUCCAAGAGUGAGCCGCGCCGGAGAUGCCCAGCUCGGAGAGGGUGGAGAGGAGGAUCUGAUGGUUCACAGUAUCAAAGGCGGCAGACAGGUCUAGAAGGACAAGAGCAGAGGAUAGAGAGUUAGCUUUAGCAGUGCGGAGAGCCUCCGUGACACAGAGAAGAGCAGUCUCAGUUGAAUGACCAGUCCUGAAACCUGACUGGUUUGGAUCAAGAAGGUCAUUCUGAGAGAGAUAGCAAGAGAGUUGGCUAAAGACGGCACGCUCAAUAGUUUUGGAAAGAAAAGAAAGAAGGGAUACUGGUCUGUAGUUGUUGACAUCAGAGGGAUCGAGUGUUGGUUUCUUGAGAAGGGGUGCAACUCUCGCUCUCUUGAAGACAGAAGGGACAUAGCCAGCGGUCAAGGAUGAGUUGAUCAGCGAGGUGAGGUAGGGGAGAAGGUCACCGGAGAUGGUCUGGAGACGAGAGGAGGGGAUAGGGUCAAGCGGGCAGGUUGUUGGGCGGCCUGCAGUCACAAGUCGCAAGAUUUUAUCUGGAGAGAGAGGGGAGAAAUAAGUCAAAGCAUAGGGUAGGGCAGUGUGAGCAGGACCAGCAGUGUCAUUAGACUUAACAAACGAGGAUCGGAUGUCGUCAACCUUCUUUUCAAAGUGGUUGACGAAGUCAUCCACAGAGAGGGAGGGGGGGGGGGGGAGGAGGAUUCAGCAGGGAGGAGAAUGUGGCAAAGAGCUUCCUAGGGUUAGAGGCAGAUGCUUGGAAUUUAGAGUGGUAGAAAGUGGCCUUAGCAGCAGAAACAGAUGAAGAAAAUGUAGAGAGGAGGGAGUGAAAGGAUGCCAGGUCCGCAGGGAGUCUAGUUUUCUUCCAUUUCCGCCCAGCUGCCCGGAGCUCUGUUCUGUGAGUUCGCAAUGAGUCAUCAAGCCACGGAGCUGGAGGGGAGGACCGAGCCGGCCGGGAGGAUAGGGGACACAGAGAGUCAAAGGAUGCAGAAAGGGAGGAGAGGAGGGUUGAGGAGGCAGAAUCAGGUGAUUGGAGGGAGAAGGAUUGAGCAGAGGGAAGAGAUGAUAGGAUGGAAGAGGAGAGAGUAGUGGGAGAGAGAGAGCGAAGGUUGCGGCGGCGCAUUACCAUCUGUGUAGGGGCAGAGUGAGUAGUGUUGGAGGAGAGCGAGAGAGAAAAGGAUACAAAGUAGUGGUCGGAGACAUGGAGGGGAGUUGCAGUGAGAUUAGUAGAAGAGCAGCAUCUAGUAAAGAUGAGGUCAAGCGUAUUGCCUGCCUUGUGAGUAGGGGGGACGGGGGGGACGGUGAGAGGGUGAGGUCAAAAGAGGAGAGGAGUGGAAUAAUAAAUAUAAUAAUAAUAAUAAUAAUAAUAAUUUGUGUCCGUGUCUAGUUCCUUUCAUAACGCAGCAAUAAUUAAACGUUGGCUAGCUAGCACAAAGAUAUUGUAUUUAGCUGCUACAGUACCGCUAGCUGGUAGUGUUGGCUAGCUAGCAAUGGCUGCUGUGUUGACUUUGUUUGAAAAAAAAAAAAAACGGCGUCGCUGUGAACGAAUGUAGCUGGCUAAAAUUAUAUUGUAUUUAGUUGCUAUAGUACUGCUAGCUGGUAGCGUUGGCUAGCUAGCAAUGGCUGCGGUGAUGACUUGUUUGAAAACGGCGUCGCUGCGAACGAAUGUUAGCUGGCUAAAAGGAUAUUGUAUUUUAGUUGCUACAGUAAUGCUAGCUGGUAGUGUGGUAGUGUGUAGUAGAAAGGACUGCUGUGUGGAAUUGUUUGAAAAACGGCGUCGCUGCGAACGAAUACGCGGCUAGCUAACCCGAUAGUUAACUCUAUACUAAACCCUUUAUCUUGAGACCAAAAUUAAACUAUGUAGCUAGCCAACGUACACUAAUCAAAUCGUGACAUUGUAAUGUUGUUAUGGGUUCAUAUUACCUGCUGAGCGACUACGAAUACUACAACUACCAUAACUGAUGCUACUACUACACUGCUCAAACACUAACUACUUUACUAUCUACACAUACUUACUACAACAUACAUACAAAAUACAAUACACACUCAAUACUACUAUACACACUACUACUACAAAUAUUAAAAACCCACAUACUUACACUAUUUAAACUACUACCUAAUAUUUAAUAAAACCCUUACUACCACUUUUAAAAAUAUUAAUUAUACUCCCCUAUACUGACUCUACUACUAUAACACUCUACAUACUACACUACAAAAAGAAUACUCCCCUAUACUACCUAUCUACUACUACUCAUAUUAAUACUACCACUCCUAUACUAACUAACUACUACAUUUACUAAUUUUAAUAUACACACACUAUACUAUAACUACUACUAUAUAUUCACGCUACCUACUACUCUAUUACUACUACACUAUACCUCUAGUACUACUACUACUAUAUACAACCUACUACAUACACCCCAGACAGUGUCUCCCUCUCAGGGCAGUCCUGAACCACGAGAAGAGAGGUACCUAGUUCAAUCAAUCAAUCAAAUGUAUUUAUAAAGCCCUUUUUACAUCAGAUGUCACAAAGUUAUACACAGAAACCCAGCCUAAAACCCCAAACAGCAAGCAAUGCAGAUGUAGAAGCACGGGGUGGCUAAGAAAAUCUCCCUAGAAAGGCAGGAACCUAGGAAGAAACCUAGAGAGGAACCAGGCUCUGAGGGGUGGCCAGUCCUCUUCUGGCUGUGCCGGGUGGAGUUUAUAAGAGUACAUGGCCAUUAAGGCCAGAUUGUUCUUCAAGAUGUUCAAAUGUUCAUAGAUGACCAGCAGGGUCAAAUAAUAAUCACAGUGGUCUGGAUAAGAGUGUCUGCUAAAUGACUAAAAUGUAAAAUGUAGUAGAGGGUUCAAAACAGCAGGUCCGGGACAAGGUAGUACGUCCGGUGAACAGGUCAGGGUUCCAUAGCCGCAGGCAGAACAGUUGAAACUGGAGCAGCAGCACGACCAGGUGGACUGGGGACAGCAGGAGUCAUCAGGCCAGGUAGUCCUGAGGCAUGGUCCUAGGGCUCAGGUCCUCUGGGAGGGGAGGGAGAGAGGGAGAGAGAGAGAAUUAGAGGGAUCAUACUUAAAUUCACACAGGACACCAGAUAAGACAGGAGAAUUACACCAGAUAUAACAGACUGACCCUAGCCCCCCGGAGCACAGACUAUUGCAUCAUAGACGGGUCGGGGGACACUGUGGCCCCGUCCGACGAUACCCCCGGACAGGGCCAACCAGGUAGCAUAUAACCCCACCCACUUUGCCAAAGCACAGCCCCCACACCACCAGAGGGAUUUUUUAUUUUAUUUAUUUCACCUUUAUUUAACCAGGAAAACCAGUUGAGAACAAGUUCUCAUUUACAACUGCGACCUGGCCAAGAUAAAGCAAAGCAGUGCGAUAAAAACAACAACACAGAGUUACAUAUGGGGUAAAACAAAACAAAGUCAAAAAUACAACAGAAAUACAUAUAAUAUACAGUGUGCAAAUUUAGCAAGUUAUGGAGGUAAGGCAAUAAAAUAGGCUAUAGUGCAAAAUAAUUACAAUUAGUAUUAACACUGGAAUGAUAGAUGUGCAAGAGAUGAUGUGCAAAUAGAGAUACUGGGGUACAAAUGAGCAAAAUAAAUAACAAUAUAGGGAUGAGGUAGUUGGGCGGGCUAAUUUCAGAUGGGCUGUGUACAGGUGCAGUGAUCGGUAAGGUGCUCUGACAACUGAUGCUUAAAGUUAGUGAGGGAGAUAAGUGUCUCCAGCUUCAGAGAUUUUUGCAAUUUGUUCCAGUCAUUGGCAGCAGAGAACUGGAAGGAAUUGCGGCCAAAGGAGGUGUUGGCUUUGGGGAUGACCAGUGAGAUAUACCCGCUGGAGCGCAGACUACGGGUGGGUGUUGCUAUGGUGACCAAUGAGCUAAGAUAAGGCGGGGAUUUGCCUAGCAGUGAUUUAUAGAUGGCCUGGAGCCAGUGGGUUUGGCGACGAAUAUGUAGUGAGGACCAGCCAACAAGAGCGUACAGGUCACAGUGGUGGGUAUUAUAUGGGGCUUUGGAGACAAAACGGAUGGCACUGUGAUAGACUACAUCCAAUUUGCUGAGUAUAGUGUUGGAGGCUAUUUUGUAAAUGACAUCGCCGAAGUCAAGGAUCGGUAGGAUAGUCAGUUUUACGAGGGCAUGUUUGGCAGCAUGAGUGAAGGAGGCUUUGUUGCGAAAUAGGAAACCGAUUCUAGAUUUAACUUUGGAUUGGAGAUUCUUAAUGUGAGUCUGGAAGGAGAGUUUACAGUCUAACCAGACACCUAGAUAUUUGUAGUUGUCCACAUACUCUAGGUCAGACCCGUCGAGAGUAGUGAUUCUAGUCGGGUAGGCGGGUGCAAGCAGCGUUUGGUUGAAGAGCAUGCAUUUAGUUUUACUAGUGUUUAAGAGCAGUUGGAGGCUACUGAAGGAGUGUUGUAUGGAAUUGAAGCUCGUUUGGAGGUUUGUUAACACAGUGUCCAAUGAAGGGCCAGAUGUAUACAAAAUGGUGUCGUCUGCGUAGAGGUGGAUCUGAGAGUCACCAGCAGCAAGAGCGACAUCAUUGAUAUACACAGAGAAAAGAGUCGGCCCAAGAAUUGAACCCUGUGGCACCCCCAUAGAGACUGCCAUAGGUCCAGACAACAGGCCCUCCGAUUUGACACAUUGAACUCUAUCUGAGAAGUAGUUGGUGAACCAGGCGAGGCAGUCAUUUGAGAAACCAAGGCUAUUUAGUCUGCCAAUAAGAAUGCGGUGGUUGACAGAGUCGAAAGCCUUGGCCAGGUCAAUGAAAACGGCUGCACAGUACUGUCUAUUAUCGAUUGCGGUUAUAAUAUCGUUUAGGACCUUGAGCGUGGCUGAAGUGCACCCAUGACCUGCUCGGAAACCGGAUUGCAUAGCGGAGAAGGUACGGUGGGAUUCGAAAUGGUCGGUGAUCUGUUUGUUGACUUGGCUUUCAAAAACGUUUUGAAAGGCAGGGCAGGAUGGAUAUGGGUCUGUAACAGUUUGGAUCUAGAGUGUCACCCCCUUUGAAGAGGGGGAUGACCGCGGCAGCUUUCCAAUCUCUGGGGAUCUCAGACGUUACGAAAGAGAGGUUGAACAGGCUAGUAAUAGGGGUUGCGACAAUUUCGGCGGCUAGUUUUAGAAAGAAAGGGUCCAGAUUGUCUAGCCCAGAUGAUUUGUAGGGGUCCAGAUUUUGCAGCUCUUUUAGAACAUCAGCUGUCUGGAUUUGUGUGAAGGAGAAGCGGGGGGGGGCAUGGGCAAGUUGCAGCGGAGGGUGCAGAGCUGGUGGCCGGGGGUAGUGGUAGCCAGGUGGAAAGCAUGGCCAGCCGUAGCAAAAUGCUUGUUGAAAUUCUCGAUUAUUGUAGAUUUAUCGGUGGUGAUAGUGUUUCCUAGCCUCAGUGCAGUGGGCAGCUGGGAGGAAGUGCUCUUAUUUUCCAUGGACUUUACAGUGUCCCAAAACUUUUUGGAGUUAGUGCUACAGGAUGCAAAUGUCUGUUUGAAAAAGUUAGCCUUUGCUUUCCUAACUGCUUGUGUAUAUUGGUUCCUAACUUCCCUGAAAAGUUGCAUAUCGCGGGGGCUAUUUGAUGCUAAUGCAGUACGCCACAGGAUGUUUUUGUGCUGGUCAAGGGCAGUCAAGUCUGAGGAGAACCAGGGGCUAUAUCUGUUCUUAGUUCUGUAUUUUUUGAAUGGGGCAUGUCUAUUUAAGAUUGAGAGGAAAUUACUUUUAAAGAACAACCAGGCAUUCUCUACUGACGGAAUGAGAUCAAUAUCCAUCCAGGAUACCUGGGCCAGGUCAAUUAGGAAGGCCUGCUCGCUGAAGUGUUUUUGGGAGCGUUUGACAGUGAUGAGGGGUGGUCGUUUGACCGCGGACCCGUUACGGACGCAGGCAAUAAGGCAGUGAUCGCUGAGAUCCUGGUUGAAGACAGCGGAGGUGUAUUUAGAGGGUAAGUUAGUCAGGAUGAUAUCUAUGAGGGUACCCAUGUUUACGGAUUUAGGGUUGUACCUGGUAGGUUCGUUGAUAAUUUGUGUGAGAUUGAGGGCAUCUAGUUUAGAUUGUAGGAUGGCCGGGGUGUUAAGCAUAUCCCAAUUUAGGUCACCAAGCAGUACGAACUCUGAGGAUAGAUGGGGGGCAAUCAAUUCACAUAUGGUGUCCAGGGCACAGCUGGGGGCUGAGGGGGGGUCUGUAGCAAGCGGCAACAGUGAGAGAUUUAUUUCUGGAAAGGUGGAUUUUUAGAAGUAGAAGCUCAAACUGUUUGGGCACAGACCUGGAUAGUAUGAUGGAGCUCUGCAGGCUAUCUCUACAGUAGAUUGCAACUCCACCCCCUUUGGCAGUUCUAUCUAGACGGAAAAUGUUAUAGUUGGGGAUGGAAAUUUCAGAAUUUUUGGUGGCCUUCCUAAGCCAGGAUUCAGACACUGCUAGAACAUCAGGGUUGGCGGAGUGUGCUAACGCAGUGAAUAACACAAACUUAGGAAGGAGGCUUCUGAUAUUUAUGUGCAGAAAACCAAGACUUUUACGGUUACAGAAGUCAACAAAUGAUAGCUCCUGGGGAGUAGGAGUGAUACUGGGGGCUGCAGGGCCUGGGUUAGCCUCUACAUCACCAGAGGAACAGAGGAGGACUAGAAUAAGGAUACGACUAAAGGCUUUAAAAACUGGUCUUCUAGUGCGUUACAUAGAAUAAAGGGGGCAGUUCUCCGGGCGUUGUAGAAAAGAUUCAGGGCAUUAUGUACAGAAAAGGAUAUGGAAGGAUAUGAGUACAGUUCAGGUAACCCUAAGCGUUGGGUAACAAUGAAAGAGAUAGCGUCAUUGGAGGCAUCGAUUGAGCCGGUCUCGGCGUGUAUGGGGGGUGGAACAAAGGAACUAUAUGAGGCAGUUUGAGAGGGACUUGGGGUUCUACAGUGAAAUUGUAUAAUAAGAACUAACCCAAACAGCAAUAGGCAAGGCAUAAUUGACAUGGGAGAGAGGCAUAAAGCAGUCACAGGUGUUAUUAGAGAGAGCUAAGACACAACUGGAAAUAGCGAUAACGUUUGGGCUAAGACUAAACAGAAUAAACAGGACAGGGUACCGUGUAAAGGAACAGUGAAGCAGGCAUCAGCUGUGCAGCUGAGUGAUCAUAAGGUCCAGUGAACAGCAAUAUGUGAGUCCGAGAGCAGUUCAAAUUGGUGAUUCAUCACAGCUAGCAGGGAGCACAGUUGUAGUUUGCGUGUGCUAGCGGGCCGGGGCUGGCAGAUGGAUCUUCGUGGUCGUCGCAACGGGAAGCCUGUUGAAACCACAUCAGACUAUUUCGUCGGCAAACCAGUCGUGUUGGAUCGGCGGGGCUCAGUGUCAACACUAGGAGGUCCCGUCCGGUUGACAGAGAGGUAGAUAGCCGGGAGAUGGGCUUGAGGCUAGCUCAAGGCUAACUGGUGCUUGCUAUAGGGCAAUGGUAAUCAGCCAACAACAGGUUGCAGCUAGCUAGCUAGUUGUGAUGAUCCGGCGCUAGGGUCCAGUGAUUCCGGCAGAAAGUCCAAUAAGCUCUGGGUCGAUAGCACGCUGGGUCGAUAGCACGCUGUGCAGACUGGCCGACGAAUUGUCCAGGCUAGAGCUAGAGCUGGCUGGUGGAUAGUGUAGGCCACGGACAGUGGUGAAGACGCUAACGUUGACUAAUAGCAGGUAGCCAUUAAGAUUGCGGCUACACUCAUUUCAGCUUACGGUUCUUGAUGAAAGUUAUAAAGAAAUAAUAGAAUCCUUUCCACGUUGGGUGAGGCGGGUUGCAGGAAAGUAUAUUUAGUUAAAGAAUGAAAGUAAAAAAUUGAGAAAUAUAUACAAAAUAGACACAAAAAAAACAAGAAACGGGAUAUUUACACAAGGACGAUGAAAUAAAAGCGACCGCACUGCUACGCCAUCUUGGAAAGGGAUAUCAACAGACCACCAACCUACUACCCUGAGACAAGGCUGAGUAUAGCCCACAAAGAUCUCCUCCACCGCAUGAUACUGAGGGGGUGCAAAACCGUACAGGAAGAUCACGUCUGUGACUCAACCCACUCAAGUGAUGCACCCCUCCUAGGGACGGCAUGGAAAGGACCAGUAAGCCAGUGACUCAGCCCCCGUAAUAGGGUCAGAGGCAGAGAAUCCCAGUGGAGAGAGGGGAGCCGGCCAGGCAGAGACAGCAAGGGCACCUUCGCACCCCUGGGCCAGACUACACUCAAUCAUAGGACCUAAUGAGAUGAGUCUUCAGUAAAGACUUACAGGUUGAGACCGAGUCUGCGUCUCACAUGGAUAAGCAGACCAUUCCAUACAAAUUGAGCUCUAUAGGAGAAAGCUCUGCCUCCAGCUGUUUGCUUAGAAAUUCUAGGGACAUUAAGGAGGCCUGCGUCUUGUGACCGUAGCGUACGUGUAGGUAUGUACAGCAGGACCAAAUCGGAGAGAUGGGUAGGAGCAAAGCCCAUGUAACGCUUUGUAGGUUAGCAGUAAAACCUUGAAAUCAGCCCUAGCCUUAACAGGAAGCCAGUGUAGAGAGGCUAGCACUGGAGUAAUAUGAUCACAUGGUUCUAGUCAAGAUUCUAGCAGCUGUGUUUAGCACUAACUGAAGUUUAUUUAGUGCUUUAUCCUGGUAGCCAGAGAGUAGAGCAUUGCAGUAGUCUAAUCUAGAAGUGACAAAAGCAUGGAUUAGCUUUUCUGAAUCAUUUUUGGACAACAUUUUUGCAAUGUUACGAAGAUGGAAAAAAGCUGUCCUUUUAAAUAUUCUUUAUGUCUGUCAAAAGAGUGAUCAUGGUCCAGAGUAAUGUCGAGGUCCUUCACGAUUUAAUUUGAGAUGACUGUACAACCAUUAAUAUUAAUAGUCAGAUCCAACAGAAGAUCUUUGUUUCUUGGGACCUAGAACUAGCAUCUCUGUUUUGUCCGAGUUUAAAAGUAAACAUUUUGCCGCCAUCCACUUCCUUAUGUCUGAAACACAGGCUUCCAGGGUAGGCAAUUUUGGGGCUUCACCAUGUUUCAUCGAAAUUUACAUUGACAUUUUAGUCAUUUAGCAGACGCUCUUAUCCAGAGCGACUUACAGGAGCAAUUAGGGUUAAGUGCCUUGCUCAAGGGCACAUCGACAGAUUUUUCACCUAGUCGGCUCAGGGAUUAGAACCAGCGACCUUUCGGUUACUGGCACAACGCUCUUAACCACUAAGCUACCUGCCGCCCGAAAUGUACAGCUGUGUGUCGUCCACAUAUCAGUUAAAGUUGACAUUGUGUUUCCGAAUGACAUCACCAAGAGGUAGAAUAUAUAGUGAAAACAAAAGUGGUCCUAAAACUGAACUUUGAGGAACACCAAAACUUACAAUUGAUUUGUCAGAAGACAACCCAUCCAUAGAGAUGAACUGAUAUCUUUCCGACAGAUAAGAUCUAAACCAGGCAAGAACUUGUCCAUGUAGACCAAUUAGGGUUUUGAUGGUGAUGAUCGAUGGUGUCAAAAAUAGCACUAAGGUCUAGGAGCACCAGGACAGAUGCAGAGCCUUGGUCUGACGCCAUUAAAAGGUCAUUUACCACUUUCACGAGUGCAGUGUCAGUGCUAUGAUGGGGUCUAAAACCAGACUGAAGCAUUUCGUAUAGAUUAUUUGUCUUCAGGAAGGCAGUGAGUUGCUGCGCAACAGCUUUUUCGAUUUUUUUUUGAGAGGAAUAGGAGAUUCGAUAUAGGCCGAUAGUUUUUUUUACAUUUUCUUUGGUUUGGCUUUUUCAAGAGAGGCUUUAUUACUGCCACUUUUAGUGAGUUUGGUUCACAUCCAGAGGAAAGGGAGACAUUUAUUAUGUUCAACAUAGGAGGGCCAAGCACAGGAAGUAGCUCUUUCAGUAGUUUAGUUGGAAUAGGGUCCAGUAUGCAGCUUGAAGGUUUAGAGGCCAUUACUAUGUUCAUGAAUGUGUCAAGAUACAGGAUUAAGAAACUUGAGUGUCUCCAUUGAUCCUAGGUCCUGGCAGUUCUGUGUGUCUCCAUUGAUCCCAGGUCCUGGCAGUUCUGUGUGUCUCCAUUGAUCCUAGGUCCUGGCAGUUCUGUGUGUCUCCAUUGAUCCUAGGUCCUGGCAGUUCUGUGUGUCUCCAUUGAUCCUAGGUCCUGGCAGUUCUGAGUGUCUCCAUUGAUCCUAGGUCCUGGCAGUUCUGUGUGUCUCCAUUGAUCCUAGGUCCUGGCAGUUCUGUGUGUCUCCAUUGAUCCUAGGUCCUGGCAGUUCUGUGUGUCUCCAUUGAUCCUAGGUCCUGGCAGUUCUGAGUGUCUCCAUUGAUCCUAGGUCCUGGCAGUUCUGUGUGUCUCCAUUGAUCCUAGGUCCUGGCAGUUCUGUGCAGACUCAGGACAACUGAGCUUUGGAGAAAUACGCAGAUUCAAAGAGGAGUCAGUAAUUUGCUUUCUAAUGAUCAUGAUCUUUUCGUCGAAGAAGUUCAUGAAUUCAUCACUGCUGAAGUGAAAGCCAUCCUCUCUUUGGGCAUGCUGCUUUUUAGUUAGCUUUGUGACAGUAUCAAAAAUAAAUGUUGGAUUGUUCUUAUUCUUCUCAAUUAGGUUGGAAAAAUAGGAUGAUCGAGCAGCAGUCAGGGCUCUUUGAUAUUGCCAUGGUACUGUCUUUCCAAGCUAGUAGGAAGACUUCCAGUUUGGUGGAGCGCCAUUUCCGUUCACAUUUUCUGGAAGCUUGCUUCAGGGCUCAGGUAUUUUCUGUAUACCAGGGAGCUAGUUUCUUGUGACAAAUGUUUUUAGGGGUGCGACUGCAUCUAGGGUAUUACGCAAGGUUACAUUUAGAUCCUCAGUUAGGUCGUUAACUGAUUUUUGUACUCCGACGUCCUUGGGUAGGUGGAGGGAGUCUGGAAGGGCGUCUAGGAAUCUUUGGGUUGUCCGAGAAUUUAUAGCACAGCUUUUGAUGAUCCUUGGUUGGGGUCUGAGCAGAUUAUUUGUUACGAUUGCAAACGUAAUAAGAUGGUGGUCCGAUAGUCCAGAAUUUUUAGGAAUAACAUUUAGAUCCACAAUAUCUAUUUCACGGGACAAAACUAGAUCCAGGGUAUUACUGUGGCAAUGUGUAGAUCCAGAGACAUGUUGGACAAAACCCACUGAGUCGAUGAUGGCUCCGAAAGCCUUUUGGAGUGGGUCUGUGGACUUUCCCAUGUGAAUAUUGAAGUCACCAAAAAUUUGAAUAUUAUCUGCCAUGAAGGAAAGAAUUCAGGGAACUCAGUGAGGAACGCUGUGUACGUCCCAGGAGGCCUGUAAACAGUAGCUAUAAAAAGUGAUUGUGUAGUCUGCAUGGAUUUCAUGACUAGAGGCUCAAAAGACAAUAUAUUUUUUUUUUUUCGCAACACCUCUGCCUUUGCGUGAUGCGCGGGGGAUAUGGUCACUAGUGUAACCAGGAGGAGAGGCCUCAUUUAACACAGUAAAUUCAUCAGGCUUGAUUCAUGUUUGUCAGGCCAAUCACAUCAAUAUUAUGAUCAGUGAUUAGUUCAUUGACUAUGACAUGGAAGUGAGGGAUCUAGAAUUACAUAGCCCUAUUUUGACAUAUCACAAUCUCUUUCAAUAAUGACAGGAAUGGAGGAGGUCUUUAUACCAGUGAGAUUGCUAAGGCGAGCACCGCCAUGUUUAGUUUUGCCCAACCUAGAUCGAGGCACAGACACGGUCUCAAUGGGGAUAGCUGAGCUGACUACACUGACUGUGCUAGUGGCAGACUCCACUAAGCUGUCAGGCUGGCUAACAGCCUGCUGCCUGGCCUGCACCCUGUCUCAUUGUGGAGCUAGAGGAGUUAGAGCCCUGUCUAUGUUGGUAGAUAAGAUGAGAGCACCCCUCCAGCUAGGAUGGAGUCCAUCACUCCUCAGCAGGCCAGGCUUGGUCCUGUAGCACCCCUCCAGCUAGGAUGGAGUCCAUCACUCCUCAGCAGGCCAGGCUUGGUCCUGUAGCACCCCUCCAUCUAGGAUGGAGUCCGUCACUCCUCAGCAGGCCAGGCUUGGUCCUGUAGCACCCCUCCAUCUAGGAUGGAGUCUGUCACUCCUCAGCAGGCCAGGCUUGGUCCUGUAGCACCCCUCCAGCUAGGAUGGAGUCCAUCACUCCUCAGCAGGCCAGGCUUGGUCCUGUAGCACCCCUCCAACUAGGAUGGAGUCCAUCACUCCUCAGCAGCCCAGGCUUGGUCCUGUAACACCCCUCCAUCUAGGAUGGAGUCCGUCACUCCUCAGCAGGCCAGGCUUGGUCCUGUAGCACCCCUCCAGCUAGGAUGGAGUCCAUCACUCCUCAGCAGGCCAGGCUUGGUCCUGUUUGUGGGUGAGUCACCGAAAGAGUGCCAAUUAUCUACAAAUUCUAUCUUUUAGAAGGAUUACUUUAUCCUAUCCCAGGUAUUCCUUAAAGAGGUGGGGUUUCAAAUGUCUCCGGAAGGUGGUGAGUGACUCCGCUGUCCUGGCGUCGUGAGGGAGCUUGUUCCACCAUUGGGGUGCCAGAGCAGCGAACAGUUUCGACUGGGCUGAGCGGGAACUAUGCUUCCGCAGAGGAAGGGGAGCCAGCAGGCCAGAGGUGGAUGAACGCAAUGCCCUCGUUUGGGUGUAGGGACUGAUCAGAGCCUGAAGGUACGGAGGUGCCGUUCCCCUCACAGCUCCAUAGGCAAGCACCAUGGUCUUGUAACAGAUGCGAGCUUCAACUGGAAGCCAGUGGAGUGUGCGGAGGAGCGGGGUGACGUGAGAGAACUUGGGAAGGUUGAACACCAGACGGGCUGCGGCAUUCUGGAUGAGUUGUAGGGGUUUAAUGGCACAGGCAGGGAGCCCAGCCAACAGCGAGUUGCAGUAAUCCAGACGGGAGAUGACAAGUGCCUGGAUUAGGACCUGUGCCGCUUCCUGUGUAAGGCAGGGUCGUACUCUCCGAAUGUUGUAGAGCAUGAACCUACAGGAUCGGGUCACCGCCUUGAUGUUAGCGGAGAACGACAGGGUGUUGUCCAGGGUCACGCCAAGGCUCUUCGCACUCUGGGAGGAGGACACAACGGAGUUGUCAACCGUGAUGGCGAGAUCAUGGAACAGGCAGUCCUUCCCCGGGAGGAAGAGCAGCUCCGUCUUGCCAAGGUUCAGCUUGAGGUGGUGAUCCGUCAUCCAUACUGAUAUGUCUGCCAGACAUGCAGAGAUGCGAUUCGCCACCUGGUUAUCAGAAGGGGGAAAGGAGAAGAUUAGUUGUGUAUCGUCAGCGUAGCAAUGAUAGGAGAGGCCAUGUGAGGAUAUGACAGAGCCAAAUGACUUGGUGUAUAGCGAGAAUAGGAGAGGGCCUAUAACUGAGCCCUGGGGGACACCAGUGGUGAGAGCACGUGGUGCGGAGACAGCUUCUCGCCACGCCACUUGGUAGGAGCGACCGGUCAGGUAGGACGCAAUCCAAGAGUGAGCCGCGCCGGAGAUGCCCAGCUCGGAGAGGGUGGAGAGGAGGAUCUGAUGGUUCACAGUAUCAAAGGCAGCAGACAGGUCUAGAAGGACAAGAGCAGAGGAGAGAGAGUUAGCUUUUGCAGUGCGGAGAGCCUCCGUGACACAGAGAAGAGCAGUCUCAGUUGAAUGACCAGUCCUGAAACCUGACUGGUUUGGAUCAAGAAGGUCAUUCUGAGAGAGAUAGCAAGAGAGUUGGCUAAAGAUGGCACGCUCAAUAGUUUUGGAAAGAAAAGAAAGAAGGGAUACUGGUCUGUAGUUGUUGACAUCCGAGGGAUCGAGUGUUGGUUUUUUGAGAAGGGGUGCAACUCUCGCUCUCUUGAAGACGGAAGGGACAUAGCCAGCGGUCAAGGAUGAGUUGAUCAGCGAGGUGAGGUAGGGGAGAAGGUCACCGGAGAUGGUCUGGAGAAGAGAGGAGGGGAUAGGGUCAAGCGGGCAGGUUGUUGGGCGGCCUGCAGUCACAAGUCGCAAGAUUUUAUCUGGAGAGAGAGGGGAGAAAGAAGUCAAAGCAUAGGGUAGGGCAGUGUGAGCAGGACCAGCAGUGUCAUUUGACUUAACAAACGAGGAUCGGAUGUCGUCAACCUUCUUUUCAAAGUGGUUGACGAAGUCAUCCACAGAGAGGGGGGGGGGGUGGGGGGGAAGGAGGAUUCAGCAGGGAGGAGAAUGUGGCAAAGAGCUUCCUAGGGUUAGAGGCAGAUGCUUGGAAUUUAGAGUGGUAGAAAGUGGCCUUAGCAGCAGACUACUACUACUACUACUACUACCAAGAUUAAACCGCAGCCUGUCGUUUCAAAUGGGAACAAAUGAGUCAUAGUGGACAAGCAUGAGCUAGCCAGAUCCUAUUGGAUAGAUCAGAUCCUAUUCUAGCAGAUACAGUGGAUUCGGAAAGCAUUCAGACCCCUUAACCUUUUCCACUUUUUGUUACGUUAGUCUUAUUCUAAAAUGGAUUAAAUUGUUUUCCCCCCUCAUCAAUCUACACACAAUACCCCAUAAAAACUGGUUUUUUGAAAUACUGAAAUAUCACAUUUACUUAAGUAUUCAGACCCUUUACUCAGUACUUUGUUGAUGCACCUUUGGCAGCGAUUACAGCCUCGAGUCUUCUUGGGUAUGAUGCUACAAGCUUGUACUACUACUACUACUACUACUACUACUACUACACUACUCUACUUCUAAUACUACACUACUACUACACAGUAUUCUACUGGUACUACUACUACUACUACUACUACUACUACUAUACUACUAUACUACUACUACUAGUACUACUACACUACUCUACUUCUAAUACUACAUUACUACUACACAGUAUUCUACUGGUACUACUACACUACUACUACUACACUACUACUACUACUACUACUAUACUACUACUACUAGUACUACUACACUACUCUACUUCUAAUACUACAUUACUACUACACAGUAUUCUACUGGUACUACUACACUACUACUACUACUACUACUACUAUACUACUAUACUACUACUACUAGUACUACUACACUACUCUACUUCUAAUACUACAUUACUACUACACAGUAUUCUACUGGUACUACUACACUACUACUACUACUACUACUACUACUACUAUACUACUACUAGUACUACUACACUACUCUACUUCUAAUACUACAUUACUACUACACAGUAUUCUACUGGUACUACUACACUACUACUACUACUAUACUACUACUACUCUACACUCUACUACUACACUAUUCUACUACCACACCAGUAUGGUUCUCCCUCUCAUGGCAGUCUUGAACCACAAGAAGAGGUAGGGAGCUAGCUACACCAUUUGGCUAAAGACACCUGAUAACAUGGCUGUUGUUGUUGUUUGCUCCAGUAAUGACUCCAGCAGUAAGAGUGAGCCUGUUGAGGUGAUGCCCUCUAUCUCCCUGAUCUCCACGUUCCCCCAAGCCCCCUCUACCUCUGACUCCGUCAGGAUCAAGUGUCGCGAGAUGCUGUCCCAGGCGCUACAGGCUGGA